GGACCUGCCACCACCAUAUUAACUUGUCAAUCCUGUGGGCGCUCGUGAAAUAUAUUUUGGAGAAACAAGUAACAGGGAGAGAGAGAGAGAGCUUGAUUCUAGGAGCUGCGAGAAAGUUAUAGAGGAGUUCAGCUGAGAGAGAGAGAGAGGCAACUAUGAUGGGAGAAGGCGGUAGGGGUGAUGGCGAGGUGGCUGCCAACCAUAGCGACAAGUUAACACCUGCGGAGCAACAGGUGAGUGCGGUCGAGCAGGUCCGAACCCACUUCGACUCCAUCGCACCUUGGCGCCCCAGAAAACCCAAUCGCAGUGAGCCAGAGUCGUUGACGCCGGCAGAGCAACAGAUGAGUGCGAUGCAGCAGGUCCGAACCCACUUUGAGUCCAUCGCACCGAGGCGCCCCAGAAAACCCAAUCGCAGUGAGCCGGACUCCUCUGACCAGGGAGAAGAAGAUGAAGAACAAUAUCUCUUUGUACCCGAACUCCAUAAGCUCCAGGCCCUUAAGUCCCUUUCUCAGCCUGUUUGCUUGGAGAAUUGGAGUUUGCUUGAGGAAUUUGUUAAGACAGGGUAUUACGAGGAGCUGAACUCCGUUGACAAGCAGCAUCACACGAUAGGGAAAGGAUUUAUAAGGGUGGAAGAAGACGGAAAUAGACGGGGCUUCUUCCAGUUGGGUGGAUCUACAACAGAGGCAUCGAGAGCAAUCAGAGUGAGAAGCAAUCCUGCAACUAACGACUGGAUUCCCAACCAUGACGAGGAAGAGAGGGUGCCAACAUCAACAAAACCCGGUCGGAGUGAGGGUUAAAUAAGAGAGAGAGGCUGCACCAACAUGUGGGUCACUGGGUCGUUAUCCAGGAGAGUUGCUGCAAGAAGAUAUGCACCAUUGUAGAUGUAAAGCUGAAGUUGCGGUAGGUAGCUAUCAUUUUCUCUUGUAAUAUGUGCCUGUGAGUGGUUAACAAAACCAAGAUCUCACUAGUAACAAUUGAGAAAGCCCUCUCUCUAAAUUCGUAAGCAUCUCUACUAUCUGAUGCAUAACAUGAACCAGGCACCCUCAACCCUGACAAAUCUAAUCGGAAAUAUGAUGAUCUUUUCUUCAAGGCAACUACAGUGGCCUUGAUACGCUCAAGAAAACUUUUGAGAAAGUUCUUUCCGGCUGGCUGGACUACCAAUUUUGGGGAAGAGUGAGUUUGUAUUGCAGCUAGGACUGGCCUGGACCGGCCUGAAGCCCGAAACUACCAUGGCCUGCCCAGUAAGACCCGGCCUGAAACUAUGCUCGAAAAGCCAAUAUGCUUAAAAGCCCAGCUUGGUCUGGUGAAUAUCUUUCUUGUGGCCGAGCCCGAAACAGCAGAUAUUAUGCCCAAAAACGGCCAGAAGUCCGAGGCCCAGCCGGGACUGUUGGCAGCCCUAGUUGCAGCUGGGACUUGAAACUUCUCUGGCAGGCACAGUAAGACUCGGCCUGAAAACUGUGUCCAAAGGACCCGGCUCCUCCGGUAAAUAGUGUCUUUGUUGUGGCACGGCUGGAAACAGGCCCAAAAAUGCCCUGGAAGCCCGGGCCCAGCCCGGACCUUUGGCAGCCCUAGUUACGGACCGGAAAGCCUUUCCCGGUUAAACACGCUCCCCCUGUUUUAGAUGUGAAAGUGCUUCCCAUUCUGUUAGAAAA